AUGAUCAAUGAAGUAACGAAGACAGUUGCAGAUGCGCUUGCGAAGAAGCAGGCUGCCCAGCGCGGAGAUGGAGUCGACGAUCAACAGGAUUUCGGAAAUGCAGAUCGGUGUGUCCAGCAGCCUUCGAGCAGCGGCGUACCGGUGCUGGCGCUGGCGCAUCACCAGCAGAUUUUUUCAGAGGAGUCGCUAUACAAGUGCUCCUCUGCGGACUCGCUAGCGUCGUUGCAACAGCAGUUUGUGUCGUCUUCUCCGUCGUUAUCGUCGUCCAAACGCUACAUCGUCGAGGACAACUCGGACUAUGGGAGCUGUACAAGCCCCGCUCAAAGCAGGGCAAACGGGUCCGUUUCCGGUGUGCCUCGCAGUAUAUCUGCCACGGUAACCAAUUUUUUGAAGCCAAGAAUGGAGUUCACAGGGUAUCAGAUAUCGGGCUACAAGAAGUACCAGGUCGUUGUCACUUUGAAGACGGUUGAGUUACCGAAGGACGGUAUAAGUUCUUUGUCGCCUCACUUGACCGGGUUUUUGACGAUCAGGGGGUUGACCAACCAGCACCCUGAGAUCAGCACGUAUUUCGAGUCUUUCGCGGUCACGCACAAGGAUUUGGGGUUCUUAUCCUCGACGUGGUCAAAGGAUCGCGCCAUGACUUCAUACAUGGCGGACGAUCAAACAGACUUAGAGCAUUGGCUAAACUUUCCAUCUUUUAAGCAGCUAUUCUUGGGCCCUGGUUGUGACUCGGAAAACAGGACACCAACCAUCAAUGAUUUACUCAACGGACAGGAAUCCUUCGGCGAUUAUUUGGAGAAUAGAUACAUCUUCAUGAGAUGGAAAGAAAAAUUCUUAGUUCCUGAUGCUUUAAUCGAUGGUGUCGAGGGUGCAUCGUACGAUGGAUUUUACUACAUAGUUCAUGAUCAGGUUACAGGAGCUAUACAAGGUUUUUAUUAUCAUGAGGAUGCUGAGAAAUUUCAGCAAUUGGAGUUAGUAGCGUCAUUUAAAUCACUAAAUGACUGCAGUAAUUGUAGUUUUGAAUUUGCAUAG